UUUCACCACCAUGGUGAGCAAUCUGCUGAACAGCUCCCUCCGGUCCCUCAUACCCGCGCUGCUCUGCCCGCUGGUGAACAUCUGGGUCAGCAUCAUCAACAUUAAGCUUCAAUUCCUCAACCGCGUCGUCUCCUUUGGGCUCCUGGGGAAAAUCCACUCGGCCCUUUCCAGUUUGCCGGUGUCGAGCGGGCACUACAUGGAGCUGGACCUGCAGAACUACCCAUUCCCAAGCGCCUUCAUCGACUGGCUCCUGCGCAUCACAGGCAUCAACCUCGGGGGCACUCCGUAGCCAUGGGGCCAGCAGCGCUGUGGGGUACCCCACGGCCAUUCCCACUGCUCCACCGUGAGGAGGAGGAGGAGGGAGGAGGAUUGCUGGAUACAUGGAGAACAGACAGGAAAAUAGAGAAACCCACCCAAGAAAACUCCCUGCUUCUUCUGCGUUACGUUUCAGACUGAUCACUGGAGUCUCGGUCCACCCCAGGGUUAGCAGUGCCAAGAGUUAUCUUUGCUGCUGCAUAGUGUGCCAAUGCACUGCUCCCGCUGGAUCCAGGGCAGCAGCCUCAGGCCAUGCCCACAUUCACUCCCGGUGUCACAGCCACAAGCCACUCAUUAGGGCACCCACUAACGAAGGUACAGCCUGACCCCAGCCCCUCCUCAAGCACCCCACGUUCUGCCUGGCCCUGGGCUGUGGUUUGGGCUGGGAAUUGCUCGGCACGGAGAAGCCUUUCCUGGUGCUGGACCAAGCCCCCCCUGGCUGGCAGUGGGGAUGUCAUCCCAUGCGGCUGCCCCAUGGGAGCCCUGUGAGUUUGCACCAAAUCCCUGUGAAGGGAGAGAAAAGGGACAAGCACCAGCGGCCUGUGGAGGCUUUGUCUUUGCUCUCCUUCUGCUCCGUGACGGGUUUACCAUUUCAAAAGGAAAUGUUGCUGCUUCCAGCGAUUUCAUCCUGUUAAAAAGAAGGCAGAAAAAGGCCUAAUCCAGCCCGUACGUGGCUGAUGCGUUCCCACACAGCUGUGCUUCCAGUGAUCAGAGGAAACGCUAUCCCGUCCU